GGUUUAUCCGUCAGAAUAUCUCGGCUUUUUAAGGUUAUUGACCGGACAAGGGGAGGAUCGUCCGAAUGCCGACGGCGACGUCACCAAAUUUCUGCCGUCGCAACCUACGCUAGCAUUUACCUAGGUGCAUACUUCUGACUCUGUGUUUCUUACUAAAGCCCAUUAUAUCCCCUUUUGCGCAAAUAUUGAAUCUUCUUCCAUAUUCAAGUUCUUAACUUCUCACUCUCGCUCAUUACAUUAAUUUCCCUAGUUACUCCAAUUAAUUACUACAGUACAGCUGAACUGUAUCAAGAUGUGGUGGGGAAAAGGGUCAGACAAAUCAGAAGCUUCGAAAGAUAAGCAGUCGGAAGCCCCGCCAGCCACGGCAACGAAGGCAGAUCCCCGUAAAGAUGCUACACACUUCGAUCCCAACAAGCUGCCAGAGCGACGCGAGCUACCGAGAAGCUUGCAGACGAUCGUGGAUAAGUCAGACAGGGAUGACAAUUUCUUUGAUGAGCUUGUAGAGGGAUAUGCGCCCGACUCUACCGAAUCCAACGUUCGAUAUGCCGCCUACGCAAACAGACUACGAACCGUUAUGCUUUCCGCCCACCGUUAUGUGGCUUAUACGUCAGACAUAGGAGAAUCUUUCCGACCGGUCGCACAUCCGUGGCUAGUAAGAAGCGCAUACGGUAUAUCGUGGGCGUACAUCUUAGGUGAUGUCUCGUACGAAGGCUACAAAGCCUACUGGCAAAACCAGCGGACAUUAAACCCACAACUGGUGCUCUCCGCGAAGGCACAGAAGGCUACCGGGUUAUCUAUCCCGGCAUCUUUAGACACUCAACCCGGUGUUGUAUCACCCUUGGAGGAUUACCGAACCGUCAUGGUUCAGCGAGGCAUAUUCCAGAGUAUCGCCUCUAUGGGACUUCCCGCGUUCACAAUCCACAGUGUUGUCAAGUACUCGAGCAAAGCCAUGAAAGGCAUGAAGAACAAGACGGUCCGAGUAUGGGGUCCUAUAGGUCUCGGUCUCUCCGUCGUUCCUUUCUUGCCCACGUUGUUCGACAAGCCGGUCGAGAAUGCGGUUGAAUGGAUGUUCCACACAGGCUUCGCCGCAUAUGGCGGAAAGGAGUAUAUUGGCGAUUCCCCAGCAAUAGGACGAGAAGCGGCUUUGACACACAGGCCACAGCCGAAAACCAAGGAAAAGGAAUUGUAAGGUUAUGGAUACCAGGAUAAAGGGUGGAAUUGUGAUAUUCACGGCGUAUGGGAAUGAAUCGUCUCUACUUCUCGUUCAAUCUUGUUUGAUGUCGCUGAAGCCUGGACUAGGGAUGGAAGAGAAACAUUUGGCAUCGCGAGGUGUAUCU